CAGGGAGAUCCCAAAUCGUGGUGACCUUAUGUAAUUCAUUCUGUGGCUUGUUUCUUUCCAGAUUGUUCCUUUGGAAAGUGGCUGUGCAGGAUAACAUGUCCAAUGUGUCUGAGGAGAGACGAAAACGACAGCAGAGCAUUAAGGAGGGGCUCCAGUUCAUACAGUCGCCGCUGUCGUACCUGGGGACACAGGAGCAAUAUGCGGUAUACUUAGGUGACCUUGUGAGAAAUCUUUUUAAUGAAGGAAAUGAUGUCUACCGGGAACUGGACUGGGAUGGCUCAAUGAGCCAGUACACAGAAGCCUUGAAUUUAGCUGAUUAUGCAAAGUCUGAAGAAAUUGUAAUUCCUAAGGAGAUCAUUGAAAAACUACAUAUAAAUCGUAUUGCCUGCUAUUCUAAUAUGGGUUGCCCCGAAAAGGUUUUAGAAGACUGUGAGAUAGUCCUCGACUUCAAUGCCAGUAACUGCAAAGCUCUGUAUCGGAAAGCUAAGGCUCUGAGUGAUUUAGGAAGAUACAAAGAGGCUUACGACGCUGUCGCCAAAUGCUCUUUAGCUGUGCCUCAGGAUGAACACGUAAUAAAACUAACUCAAGAACUAGCUCACAAAUUGGGAUUUAAAGUAAGGAAAGCCUACGUUAGAGCUGAGCUCUCAUUAAAAUCAGUUCCUGGAGAUGGAGCUACCAAGGCUUUGACCUGUUCUGUGGAAGAUAUUGAACCGGAUUUACUAACACCGAGGCAAGAAACCAUUCCUGUUGUUUCUCUACCUGCACCCAGUUUUCCUCACAAAGUUGGAAGUGAACUCACUUCCGUUCCUAUUAUGCCCUUGGCUUCUGUUUUGCCAUUGCAAGUGGAAGAGAGCUCGCUGGCUCCUACGGUGCUGGCAAAUGGCGGGAAGAUCCCCUUCACCAUGCCGGAGGCUUUUUUUGAUGAUGGAGAUAUGGUUCUUGGAGAGGAAAUCGAUGACCUCCUCGAUUCUGCACCAGAAACGAAUGGAAGUGUUAUGCCACCGGCGGUAGUCCAUGGACCGGUUGCGGACACUGCCGGUGUCUCUCCCAGCCUGUUUUCCGCAUCUUUGUUAGGAACCUUGCACGUGGGUGCAAGGUAUGCGUCUCCGCCCUCAUUUUCCGAAUUGUACCCACCUCUGACCUCAUCCUUAGAAGAUCUUUGUCCUUCUUUGAAUUCCUUUUCAGUGAGUGAAUCCACACGAGAUCUGUCCACCUCAACUUCUAGAGAGGGAACACCGCUUAACAACAGUAAUUCUUCCCUUUUACUUAUGAAUGGACCAAGUAGUUUGUUUGCUCCUGAGAGUUUCUUGGGAAUUUCAAGUCAGUCUAGAAAUGACUUUGGAAACUUUUUUGGAUGUGCAGUUACUAAAUCGUCUCCAUCAGUGAUGCCAAGACAUCCCCUUGAAGGAACCCAUGACCUGAGACAAGCUUGCCAGAUCUGUUUUACAAAAACAGGCCCUAAGUUAAUGGAUUUCACUUACAAUGAUAAUAUAGAUCAUAAAUGUAAGAAAGAUAUUUUAAUUGGUAGGAUAAAGAAUGUUGAAGAUAAAUCAUGGAAAAAAAUACGUCCAAGGCCAACAAAAACAAAUUAUGAGGGACCAUAUUAUAUAUGCAAAGAUGUUGCUGCUGAGGAGGAGUGUAGAUACUCUGGCCACUGCACAUUUGCGUACUGCCAAGAAGAGAUUGAUAUCUGGACGCUAGAGCGCAAAGGGGCCUUCAGUCGAGAGGGGUUCUUUGGCGGUGAUGGAAAGAUAAACCUAACUGUAUUCAAACUUUUGCAAGAGCAUCUUGGAGAAUUUAUAUUCCUCUGUGAGAAAUGUUUUGAUCAUAAGCCUAGAAUGAUAAGUAAAAGAAAUAAAGAUAAUUCUGCUUCCUGUUCUCACCCAGUUACAAAGCAUGAAUUUGAAGACAAUAAGUGCCUUGUCCACAUUUUACGAGAGACAACAGUAAAAUACUGCAAAAUACGUUCUUUUCACAGUCAGUGUCAGCUUGAUUUAUGUCGUCAUGAAGUUCGAUAUGGCUGUUUAAGGGAAGAUGAGUGCUUUUAUGCACAUAGUCUUGUCGAAUUGAAAGUCUGGACCAUGCAGAAUGAAACGGGUAUCUCCCAUGAUGCUAUUGCUCAAGAAUCGAAACGAUAUUGGCAAAAUUUGGAAGCAAACGUGCCUGGGGCUCAGGUACUUGGCAAUCAAAUGCCCGGCUCUCUUAAUAUGAAGAUAAAAUUUGUAUGUGGUCAAUGUUUGAGAAAUGGUCAAGUCAUUGAACCAGAUAAAAACAGAAAAUACUGUAGUGCCAAAGCAAGACACUCGUGGACCAAAGAUCGCCGUGCGAUGAGAGUGAUGUCUAUUGAACGUAAGAAGUGGAUGAACAUCCGUCCUCUUCCCACAAAGAAACAAAUGCCUUUACAGUUUGAUCUUUGCAAUCACGUUGCUUCAGGGAAAAAAUGUCAAUAUGUUGGAAACUGUUCCUUUGCGCACAGUCCUGAGGAGCGAGAAGUAUGGACGUAUAUGAAAGAGAAUGGAAUACAAGAUAUGGAGCAGUUUUAUGAACUCUGGCUAAAGAGUCAAAAAAUGGAAAAAAGUGAUGAUGUUGCCAGCCAGUCCCACAAGGAAAACGGAAAACAGAUUCACAUGCCAACAGAUUAUGCGGAGGUGACUGUGGACUUCCACUGCUGGAUGUGCAGGAAGAACUGUAACAGUGAGAAGCAGUGGCAAGGCCACAUCUCCUCCGAGAAACACAAGGAGAAGGUUUUCCACACGGAGGAUGACCAGUACUGCUGGCAGCACCGCUUCCCCAGCGGCUAUUUUAGUAUAUGCGAUAGGUAUAUGAACGGGAUCUGCACCGAAGGCAACAGCUGUAAAUUUGCCCAUGGGAAUGCUGAGCUCCAGGAGUGGGAAGAAAGAAGAGAUGCCCUCAAGAUGAAACUCAACAAAGCGAGAAAAGAUCACUUAAUUGCCCCAAAUGAUAAUGACUUUGGAAAAUAUAGUUUUUUGUUUAAAGAUUUAAACUAAGAGGCUGGCUUUUAUGUAUGUUAUCUAAUCAGAGCAUUGACCAGAAACAUUGAAAGUGUUCCAAGGCACGUAACAGAGGAACUGCAGAUUUUCUGCUUGUAUUGGCAUCUAUUGGUCCUUCUGAGCAGCAACCCACAGUAGGUAGGAAAACGGGCUGUUUGAACAGGUCUGGCCAUGCUCUCAUGGAACCAUUGGCCUCAAGUGGCAAAGUGACCGCUACCCGGUUGCCAUUUGUUGAACAGACUUUUGGAUGGAGUAUGUUGAGGAAGAGACUAAGGUGAUGUCUUGGACGACUCCCUGAGUUGGUCCUUCAGAUCGGAACCAUGGUAAACAAACAAACAGUAGUUAACAGGGAUCAGAACACAUAACGGCUGAAAUUCUUUAUGUUUUAGCAGAAUGAAUCUGUCUAAUAGAAUACAGUUUGCUACUUAUCUGUAUGUAGGUUGCUUACAAAAAAAAAAAGGAUUUUCUUAACUCAAGAUUUUAAGUCAAAUAACCAUUUAACACUAGUAUACGUUAAAUGGGGUACUUUUCUGUAUUUAUACGUUUCAUUAUAAUAAGGGAACUGAGGAUACUGUGCAUUGAAAAUAUUUUGGAGAAAAAAGAAUCAGUUGACUCAAAUUUUAUUUCUUGGUCUUUUGCUGUUUAAAGAUGAUUUUGAAAGAUGAAACUUGUAAUGUUGGUAUUGUGUAGUGUAUGGACCAAUAUUGCCUGUAAUAAAGAUUUUAUAUGUAGAUGUCUCUC